GCAUCCCGGUUCAUCCCGGCUCAUCCCGGAGCAUCCCGGCGCUCCCAUCCCGGCACCGAGGCAGCAAGAUGACUCUGUGGAAUGGCUCCUACCCCUUCUACCCCGGAGCCAAUGCCUGCUUCCCCUUUGACACCACCCGGGCCGUCAUUGUCACCGUGUUCCUCUCCAUGCUGGCCACCUUCAUCAUCAUCCUGCCGGGCAUCCCGGGCAGGAGGAGGCUCCUGUGGUUCCUGCGGCUGGUGCUGGGGCUCUUCGUGGGAGCAGUGAUCCUCAAUGUGCAGUUCACCAGAGACUGGGAGCGUGGCUGGGUGCAGGCCAACACCUCCUACAAGUCCUUCAGCCCCGCGCAGGUGAGCGCUGACAUCGGGCUGCACAUCGGCCUGGCCGGGCUCAACGUCACGCUCAGGGAUUCACAGAAUUUUGGGAUCAUGGAGCUGGCCUUUUGCACUUGGCUCAUUUCCAUCCUGCUCUUCUCCAUGUCCAUCCUGCUCUACGGUGGGCAGAUGCUCCUGCUCACUGGCACGCUGAUCCUCUCCUCCCUGCUGCUCUUCUCCACUGCCAGGAACAGCCUGAGGUGCCCCAUCCAGUUUGGCCCAGUUUCCAUGAGGACAGACUAUGGGGAGUCCUUCUGGCUGGCGUUGGCCACAGGGCUGCUGUGCCUGCUCCUGGGGCUGGCCAUCAUCAUCCUCAACGCUGUGCAGCCCCAGAAGCUGAAGCUCAUCUUCAGCCUGGACAGGAGCAGCGAGGAGGAGCAGUGGGAGCAGCCCUGGCUGCCAGCCCAGCCCAGCUGCUCUGCGCAGGGCGGCUUCAUGGUCCCCCUUGGGGAGCUGUGCCCUGGGACAGCCACCCGGCUCUGAGGCACAGGGGACAGGGCCGGGCUGCAGGGACUGCUCCUGAACCCACCAAAUCCAUCAGGAGCAACAGCUGGGAAGGGACAGGACAAGGACCAAGGGAUGAGAAUAUCCAGAGCUGAAAAAGUGUUUCAAAUACAACUGUUUUUGUUGGUUUGGGGUGAUUUUUUGGUUGUGUUUUUUCUUUUUUUCUGUUUUACUGCCAUCCCAAC